GAGGAAAUUGACGAGGGCAAACCAUGUGGGGGAAAAACAAACUUGUUUUUAAGCCGAUAUAACCAUGCAACCUCGUGUAUUAAAUCACUCCAUCCAAGCAGCGACGUCGUCAGCCCAGAACAGCUCUUCUGAACAUCCAAGGCACCCCUUGCUAAAUCUUAUCCAAAGAUGUAUUUUCUCCUUUUCACAGUCUUCUCCAUAUUCAUAGUGCGUAAUGUUGAUGCUUGGGGAACAAGUGUCAAGUACGCGGUGAACUGCCCGGAGCGGUGCAAUGUGGAUCUGUGCGGCUUGACGCAGCGCUGCAGACGGACAGUGCUGGAUGACUGCGGUUGUUGCCAGGUCUGUGCGGCAGACAGAGGGGAACACUGCUAUCGCACUGUGUCUGGGAUGCACGGAGUCAAGUGCGGACCGGGAUUAUUCUGCGAGUUCUACAAAGAUGAGGACGACUAUGGAGAUGAAUAUGGCAUCUGCAAAGAUUGCAUGUAUGGAACCUAUGGGGUAGGGUGUGGUAAAACAUGCCAUUGCAAAGCUGGGGGUAUCUGUGACAGAGAGACAGGAGCCUGCCUCACCUUCAAAUUCUUCACCAAAAUAGCCAGCAAGCUGAAGACACAGCACCCCAAUGCAGGAGGUGAGAUUGGUUCAGGAGAUGACACCACCAGUCUGAAUGGGGAAAGAUCCACUGCUCCAAAGUGGUUAACACCUCGCUGACACUCAUUAUCAAGACUUAGUUUAUUCUGUGUAAAUGUAGAAAGCAUAGUAGUAAAUUAAAUGAUUGAAGGAUAUAUUUUAUUAUGUAUUAUUAAGAAAACACAUUUUCUACAAGAUUACUGAAUGUUUUUGAACAUCUCUGUUGUGGUGUUUCUAUUUUAUACCAGUGCCCCAUCAUGUCAUAAGAGCUGUGUUGUACCAAACAAAGGGAGGUAAAAUGUACCAAAGUUAAAAUAUAUGUUUAUUCUACUUUUAUACAAAGUAUGAAUAUAUCUAGAAUGUCUAUGAUGAGCUAAACAUUCUAGAAUGUCUAUGAUGAGCUAAACAUUCUAGAAUGUCUAUGAUGAGCUAAACAUUCUAGAAUGUCUAUGAUGAGCUAAACAUUCUAGAAUGUCUAUGAUGAGCUAAACAUUCUAGAAUGUCUAUGAUGAGCUAAACAUUCUAGAAUGUCUAUGAUGAGCUAAACAUUCUAGAAUGUCUAUGAUGAGCUAAACAUUCUAGAAUGUCUAUGAUGAGCUAAACAUUCUAGAAUGUCUAUGAUGAGCUAAACAUUCUAGCAAUGUUGCAUUCACUGCUUCACUGGUUCAAUCAAAUGAUAUGAAAAUGUUGUGCUGAUAUAUGACCCCCCCCCCAGGGAUAUAAAAUAAUAAAUAAUAUAUUGUCUACUCCUUUUCUUCUAGAAGUAUCUACUGUGAUCUGCGCUUUUAAUUGUUUGUUUGUUUGAUUGUUCUUUACUGAGAAUCUCUUGUUUUUCUUUCACCUGUGGCCACAUGGAACAAUAUAUAUAUAUAUAUAUAUGUGUCAUAUCACCUGCCAAUGUACAGUAUGGUCUUACAAAUAAAACAAAGUUGACCUGGAAAAAA